AGGUUAAUGGGACCAAAUGACCACGGUUUUGCGUACAUCCUCAUAUUUCUGCUCCUCUCUCCACCAACACAUGCGAACAGAGAUGCGAAUCGGUUAUUUGAGGAUCUUAUCGCAGAUUACAAUAAACUGGUGCGACCGGUCAGUGAAAACGGAGAGACACUCGUGGUGACGUUCAAAUUAAAAUUAAGUCAAUUAUUAGAUGUUCAUGAAAAGAAUCAGAUUAUGACAACAAAUGUCUGGUUACAACAUAGCUGGAUGGACUACAAACUUCGAUGGGAUCCAGUAGAAUAUGGUGGUGUAGAAGUACUGUAUGUUCCAUCAGAUACCAUUUGGCUACCUGACGUUGUUUUAUAUAAUAAUGCCGAUGGAAAUUAUCAAGUUACAAUUAUGACAAAAGCAAAGCUGACAUAUAAUGGAACAGUUGAAUGGGCACCGCCUGCGAUCUAUAAAAGCAUGUGCCAAAUCGACGUUGAAUUCUUUCCAUUUGACCGUCAACAAUGUGAAAUGAAAUUUGGAUCAUGGACAUAUGGAGGAUUAGAAGUUGAUCUACAACAUAGAGACAAACAUUUGGAAAAAGAAAUUGAAGAAGACGUUGAAGGUGUUGAUGGCCCAACAAAAGAAAUUGUAUGGGUUGUUGAUAGAGGAAUUGAUUUAAGUGAUUAUUAUCCAUCUGUCGAAUGGGAUAUUUUAAAUGUUCCCGGAAAAAGGCAUUCCAAGCGAUACCCAUGUUGCGAAAGUCCAUUCAUAGACAUCACAUACGAGAUUCAUCUUCGAAGGAAAACGUUAUUCUACACAGUAAAUCUAAUAUUCCCUUCAGUUGGAAUCAGUUUUCUCACGGCACUUGUAUUCUAUCUACCAUCGGAUGGAGGUGAAAAAAUCUCACUUUGUAUUUCGAUUCUUAUCUCGUUGACUGUUUUCUUCCUUCUGCUCGUAGAGAUUAUUCCAUCAACAUCACUUGUGAUUCCAUUAAUUGGAAAAUAUCUUCUAUUUACAAUGGUUCUUGUCACAUUAUCUGUGGUGGUUACUGUAGUUACAUUGAAUGUACAUUAUCGAUCCCCAACAACACAUACAAUGCCAAAAUGGAUGAAGCGGUUAUUCGUGGAUUUUCUGCCAAAAUAUCUUCUCAUGACACGACCGCAACCUCCUGGUCAUCAUAGCAAACCAAAUCGGAAGUUCGACUCCCGUGCAUCAACAUUCAGUAUUGGAGUGAAUCAUGUAUUGGGACAGAAUUCUGAAUUAUUAUCACCAGGACUCAAUUCCAAUAGGGAAGAGUCUUCAUUUACUUUACCACGCGACAACUCGCCAGUUCGAUCUGCUGUCGAAAGUGUUGCCUAUAUAGCGGAUCAUUUGAAAAACGAGGAAGAUGAUAAACAGGUAAUCGAGGACUGGAAAUACAUAUCAGUCGUCAUGGAUCGAAUAUUUUUAAUCACAUUCACUUUUGCUUGUGCUUUUGGAACCGUUGUGAUUAUUGCACGUGCACCGUCCAUUUACGAUAACACGCCGGCUCUUGCUUAGAUUUUUUUAAAAGUUUUUUUUGAAAAUAAGAAAAGGAUUUUGGAAAAAGUAUAGUUCAAAAGUUUUCCCAAAAUUUUAUUUUUUUUUCAAAAAUAUUCAAUUUUAGGAAC